AUGGCAAUGUCAAAGGCACUAGUGAUUAUGUUCCUUAGUAGUCUUCUAGUUUUCUCAUAUUUUGUCAAAGAUGUUGAGGCUGGUAGACAAUUUAUUGCUUAUGGAGCAAUUUCACGUGACAAGGCACCUGGUUGCAGUGCAGAACAUCCUGAAGAAUGCAAAAGGCAAAUAGCUAAUCCCUAUAGAAGAGGAUGUGAAAAGGAAAAUCAUUGUCAUGGUGAUAAAGUUUUUAUGCAGACCUUAAGGCAUAAGAAGAACUCUAAAUUAAUGCCAUUUUGGUAA